AGCACGAGCAACCUGUCGUUAUACCCAAAGACACCAGCUGCGGCGGGGCUGUUGUAGUCUGUCGUCUUUUCGGUUAUCACCAUCCUUGUCGGGGGCAACCUUUGCCAAUGUUGUGUGAUAUUCGUUGGCUUCGUUGUUCUUCUUUUUGUUUGCCAUUCGAAAGUAGAAAAUCAUUUCAUCGAACUCUAUACUCAAAACUAAACCCACCAUUGGGAAAAAAAUAAAAUAAAAUAAAAUAAAAUAAUAAGAGUAUAUGCAAAAAUAAAGACUCUCAAGAAAAAACAAAUAGUUUUGCCAUUAUUAAUGUAAAAUAAUUCAAAGAAAACUAAACAAAAAAGUACAAAAGAGCAGCUAAAAUGAAAUCCCAUUAUUAAACGCAAGAUCAUUGCAACCUUGCCAGUACCAACAAUCAAAGACGCGAGUGUUCCACUGACUCAUAAUACCCAGCAAGCUGAAGAGGCGAUAGAUGCUCGAGGUGCUGAGGGAAUAUCAAAAGAAAAAAACCGCAUCUAAGCAAACACGAAAUAUUUAUGUCUUCAGCUAAAUUAAAUUCAUAAUCUCGAUCAGGGUGUGCGAGCGGGCAAAUGUGAUUCUGAGGCGACACAAUAAUUUCGAAAUAUUUGCAAACCUCGUGCACACUCAUUUGCACUUUGCUUUAGUUUGGCAUAGAAUAUUUUUGAAAACGAAACGGCAGCGGUAAUAUUUCGUUGUUAUCCCUCCCUUAAGACAACAGCACGACGCAAUGUUGCCAGUGCAUUUGCAGCAGCAGCAACAUCUGCAGAAACCACAAAUCCUCAAACCAUUAGCACCGCCACCAGCCCGGGAGCCGCGGAGACCACGUCGCGAGAAACCACAUAGCCGUCCAUCUCCGAGCCAUGAAACGACAACUGAAGACCAUUUAUUGAAAGCAACCACAUCGUCACAGGCGACGACAGCAACGGCGCCUGUGUCAACGCCAACAGCGUCAACGUCUACAACAACGCAGUCAACAACAUCACAUCGCACUGGUGGUAAUGGUCUUGAGGACACCAAUCAAAUCUAUUCAAACCUUCAGCGGCAUCUAAAUCUCAGCCAGUAUAGUCUGUUACAAAAUCAAAGUGUGCUAGAUUCACAUCUUCUGGGAUGCAGUCCAACGCAAGAUGUUGAUGACCGACAGCUGCAGCAGCGUCAUCAGCGACGCUCAACAAUUGGGCAUCACAAUAAUGAGAACGCAGACGAAGCUAGCGACUCCUAUGACAGCGAUGAGGAUGAUGAUGACGAUGAGCCCAUAGUCAGUGAUGAUGCAACGGUGCCCUUAACUGCAGGCUCAUCCACAACAACGCUCACCGCCACAAUAAUACCAGCGACUAUAGUGGCAGCGUCGGCCGCUAACUCGAGUCGUCAGUCGUCAAAAACAGCUGCCAGAACAGCACCUCCGCGGACGAUCGGUAGCACAUUGCAUGUUCCGCAGUUAUACAACAGAUCGAUAUCGACCCCUCCGCAGUUCUCCACAACCACUUUCGUAGAAAAUCAUCCGCCUUCUACGGCCGGACCCUCGUCAACCUCUUCUCACCUGUCGCACGACUACAAGCUCUGUGAUUCGUGUCGCCCUUUACGUUUUCAAGCGCAUACCCCCAACUCGGGUCUUCAUACGCCUCAGAGUAAUUUCUGUAGCAGUACUCGCUACCUGAACGCGAAACGUUUUCUCUCGACACAACCUGCGUCGGCGCUAGCAGCCGUAGCUCCGGCCGCCGUAGCGUUAUCAUCGCCCCGGCGUCAAACCACCAGCAGCAUGUCACAGUCGGGUGAAGAUUUACACUCGCCCAGUUACUUGUCAUGGCGCAAGCUGCAGCUAAGCCGUGCCAAACUGAAAGCCUCCAGCAAAACAUCGGCCCUAUUGUCUGGCUUUGCAAUGGUGGCCAUGGUAGAAGUGCAACUGAACAACGAUACCCAAGUACCCGCGGGCAUGUUGGUAGCCUUCGCCAUAUGUACCACAUUGCUUGUUGCUGUACACAUGUUGGCCCUAAUGAUCAGCACCUGUAUACUGCCCAACAUUGAGACUGUGUGCAAUUUGCACAGCAUCUCGCUGGUGCAUGAGUCACCGCAUGAGCGCCUUCAUUGGUACAUUGAGACAGCGUGGGCCUUUUCAACACUUCUCGGCCUGAUAUUGUUUCUGCUAGAGAUUGCCAUAUUGUGCUGGGUGAAAUUCUAUGAUCUCAGCCAACCGGCUGCUUGGUCAGCGUGCAUUGUACUUAUACCAGUGCUUGUGAUCUUCCUGGCUUUUGCCAUUCACUUCUAUCGUUCACUGGUGACGCACAAGUAUGAAGUGACAGUAUCGGGUAUAAGAGAAUUGGAAAUUCUAAAAGAGCAAAUGGAGCAGGACCAUCAUAUGGAUCAUCAUCAUGCCCCGCAUCGCAAUAACGGUCUUAAUUAUGGAGCAAGUGGUGAUAUUGUCUAAGUAGGAGAUUUUUUUAUUUGGCAAAUCCUUGUUUUUCUACUAUUUUCUUAAUUUAAGUUCAACAUAUUCGGAGACGCAUGCAUGGCAUCCGUGUUAGUUUGGUAUACCUUUUGACUUUAUCGAAGCACAUACCUAGGUUAUUGUCGAGCAAAAAAUCAAGCCCUUUUGUUUUUAGUUUUAAGAUAGAUACGUGCAUAUAGUUUGCUUUGUCACAGACUUGUUUUAUACAUUUAACUUAAGUGAAACUUCUUAGUUAUGUUUUUGCAUAAGUAUAACUAACUUAUUUGAUUUAUUUUUCUAAAAAAAAAAAACAAAACAAUUAAAAUUAGACAUACUGAACAGAUAAUGAUGCAUGAUUUAUGUGUGAAGAAACUAAAAAGACAUAUUUGAGCGAAAGCAUGUGAAGCGAAAUAUCCAAAUGGAAUAUGAAGAUUGUAGCCAAUAGCUGUUUAAAACAAAUAUUGAACAGCAAAAAAAAAAAAUUAUUAUGUACAAUUGUGAUAUUGUCAAAUGUAUUUUGUACGAGCAUAUACUUCUUACUACUUAAAACAAAACAAAAAAAAUAUUACCACUUAAAUGUAAAUUUAAAAUAAGAAAAUCAAUAAACUUAAAACGAAUAAGCAAUAGUUAGACACAAAUCAAA